AUAACACAAUGACGAUAGCGAUGCGAAACGGAAAACGCUUAGUAAACAACUAUUAACUUGUAAAUAUAUUUUAUUCCUUUAAAUCGAACUUCUUUUGGGAUAUUUGAUGUUAGAAAUUUUAAUUUACAUUUGUAGGAAUUGAACAUCAGCCAAACACAUCACUAUGACAAAACAAAGCGGGACUCAGUUAUGGACAUUGUUGCUGCAAUCUGUGACCUUGGUGACCUUGGUGUGUGCACAAGUUGAUAAGCGUAACUGCAGUAUCGAUCACUCCGGGCUCCCUAGCGAUGCGUGUACCUUUGACCUGCGAAUGAGAGGAGCACAGCCUAAGCAGUCUGACCAGUACUACUGUACCGGAUACAGCGUUUCCAGGGACAUCCUUGGAUCAAACACUGAUGGAUAUAUAUUACGCUACGAGGCAAUUGCUGAUGCAGGGACAGCUCAUCACAUUUUGGUGUUUGGUUGUGAACAGUUGGAACAUGAUAAAGAUUCCAUGUGGUCAUGUGGGAAGGUUUGUGUUGGAGACCAGAUCAUAUUUGCAUGGGCCAAGAAUGCAGACCCUUUGACAUUGCCAAAAGAUGUUGGACAACACAUAGGAAAAGGGACCUCUAUAAACUUCAUUGUGGUGCAGAUACAUUAUGUAGUCCCUUUGCAAAGCCCAGACACUUCAGGAAUCCGGCUGUAUACCACACAGCAAAGACAGAAGUAUAUUUCUGGCAUCUACUUGCUCCUGUCUUAUGGAGUUUCUAUUCCACCUGAUACGGAAAAAGUCCACAUAGACUCAGCCUGCACGUUUGACUGGGAGGACAGCAUCAUUCCCAUUGGCUACAGGACCCAUGCACACUCUCUAGGAAAGGUUAUAUCUGGCUACAAGGUCCACAAUGGUGUGUACGAGAUGAUAGGGAAAGGCAACCCACAGUGGCCACAGGCUUUUUACCCAGUAACCAGUCAUGUUGAGAUAAAUCCUGGUGAUGUUUUGGCUGCAAGAUGCACAUUCAGUUCUAUUGGAAGGCACAGGAAAACUGAAAUUGGGGCAACCGCAAAUGAUGAGAUGUGUAACUUUUACAUCAUGUACUACAUGAAUGCAACACUGGAGAAUAAUCGGGGACGAGGCGAAUGCCUGGGAAACUCAGUGCCACUAUUGUUCGACAGCAUCCCAGCUGACUCUGACACCCCUCUGCCUCCCAAUCCUGCUCUUGAAGACGUUGCCAUGGGUCACCAUCAUCACUCCUUGAACGGAGAAAAUAAAGAAGAAUCGGAGAAGGACGAUACUGCCCUGAAGCAAUCCAUUCCGAACCCUGUAACAAAGCCACAGUCUGAGCAUCCCCAUGAUCAGGGAAAACUGCAUAAUCUGGGGGCUACAAUGGACCCAGCCUUCAGUCUGAAGUUUGACGGUGAGGUGGGUGGGAUGAAGAUUGGUCAGGUGGGGGGCCUUGCUGUCAACGGCAACGGGGACCUUUACAUCUUCCACAGGGGAGAUAUCGUCUGGAACUCACUAUCUUUUGAUGAUGAAAACAGAUACACUCUACAGAAUCGACCCAUUGAAGUUGAUAGCAUUGUGAUUGUUGACAGAAACGGAACUUUAAAACGGAGCUUUGCCAAAAAUUGGUUCUUCAUGCCUCAUGGCCUCACUGUGGACUCCGAUGGCAACAUGUAUGUGACAGAUGUGGCACUACAUCAAGUGUUCCGCAUCCUGCCAUCUGGUGACAAGGUGGACAUGACCUUGGGAAUGCGCUUUGAGCCAGGCAGUGAUAAUGAUCACUUCUGUAAGCCUACCGAUGUGGCCGUGCUGAAAAAUGGAGACUUUUUUGUGUCUGACGGGUACUGUAAUAAUAGAAUCUUGAAGUUCAACAAGAAUGGCUAUGUUGUCAGUAGUUUUGGAUCAAGUAGUACCAAAAUGGGAUUGGACGGAUAUCCACCCCCAUCUACGUUCUUCCUUCCCCACGGCUUGACCCUGGCGGAGGACAAAGGUCAGCUGUGUGUUGCUGAUCGGGAGAAUGGCCGCAUACAGUGCUUUGCGCUGGACGGUACUUUCAUAAGGCAGAUCCACCCGCCACAGUUUGGACGAGCUGUCUAUGCACUGGAGUACUCACCAAACCAUAAUGGGUUGCUGUUUGCUGUGAACGGGCCCGAUGUGGGAGUGAACAUGCCAGACACAGAGGGGUUUACCAUUGACAUCAACACGGGCAACCUGCUGGCAGUAUGGAACAGGCCCAGUGGGGGCCUGAUGCACCCCCAUGAUCUAGCUGUGGAUGACAGGGACCAUGUUGUGUAUGUGGGGGAGUUGAACCCUAGUAAGGUCUGGAAGUUUAAGAUGGACCAAACUAUGUACUCAGCAUUACCUCAGGUAUCUGUUGAUAACAACAGCAACACAGUUGCAACCACUGCUGCUAAUACUAUCAUUGUUAGCAGUAACAGUGGCAAAAAUACAAACGGCAGUCUUAAUUCAAACAAAGACUUGAAUGGCGCCAAUAGUAAGCCGAAUGUUGGCAACAAAGUAGCUGGUAACGUGAACAACAUUGACCUCACACAUACAGCGGCCGGCAAUAAAGGCUUAGCUGGGGCCAAGGAUCAUGCCACAAGUGCAGAUCAAGCCAACGACCUCCCUAAAACAGAGUCCAUUGACACAGAGGAUGGAAUGGGUGCAUCACUGAUCAUAGGGGCCUUGCUUGUGGUACCUGUGCUGAUCUUGAUUGUCAUCACAAUCCUUGUGAGGCUCUAUCAUACAGGCUACUUCAGCAGGUGCCGUAGGAACAGAGGUCCUAAACACAUAUUCAAUAUCGGCAAUUUCCUCAAUACCCGCAAGGGAUUCGACCGUCUGAGUCAGGAGGAUGACGAUCAUGACCUUGGAAAUCACCUGAGUGACUCGGAUAAUGAAGAGUUUAGCAUUGCACGAAAAGCUUAAUUUGUCGUGAUACAUGUUAUACCAUAGGCUAUGGUCUCAAUGAUUUUUUGGGAAAAAUUAUACUGUUAUUGGUGUUAUUUUUUUUAAACAUCAGAGUUUUGAAUAAAUAUGACUGCCAAAUUAAAUGUGUUUAAAGUUCCUAGACAUAUAUUUGUUUUUUUCUGCACCAGAGAGACUAGGAUAAUGAUGAGUUCAGCAUGGCAAGGAAAGCUUAAAUUAUCAUAAAACAUGUUGCACCAUAGCCUGUGGUGUCAAGGAUUGGGGGAAGGGGGAUUGCAUUGUUGUUGGUUAUUUUUUUAAAUUAAAAAGAGUUAUGAUGUACUUUGUCACGUUUAAAUGAAGUUUGUUAAAUGUUACUAUACAUUUAUAUGUAUUUAUGUAUUUUUUAAGACAUGCAUAAAAUAUAAAUUUUUAAAACAUGUAUUUAUUUAUUGCUUUGAAAGCUAAUAAAACAAUCAUUAAUUGCUUGUUAAAUUUAACUCUGCAGAACUGUUCACUUUUUAUAUUUUCCAAUUAUAUAUAUUUAAUUGCUAUGUUAUGUCAGAGGAACUUGCUUAAACACCAUAAUAAUAUUUAUUUUUAUUUAAUAUUUAUUGCAUUUGUUGAUUUAUCAUAUAUUUAUUAUUCUCAAAGUUAUUUAAAUAGUUAUUUUAAUGAUAUGUUUUUUGCAAACAUGUUUUUGCAUUUUCAAUAUCUCACAUUAACCUUUUGAUGAAGCAUUUAAGCAUUAACCAUGACCUUUAGAUGCAAAAGAUGUUCAUCGCAGAAUUUAGCAUUGCGUUGAUUUUUGGGUGACACAAUUUGUGCAAUACAUUUCGGAUGCAAUAACCUAAAUUAAAUGCAGUGCAUUCAUACAAUUAAUGGUGAAAAUCAUUUAAACAUGGCAUUGUAAAGACAGUGUGAGUCAUAGUUGACUUCAAAAGCUAUUUUAAUACACAGGUGUGUUAAGUUCUGUAUUUUUUCUGCAACUUGGAUAUCUUGGAUUACAGAUAACACAAAUCUGAUGUUUAAUCUUCAUCAAGCAAUAAUAUUUAAUGAUGAGCUCAUUUUAAGUAUAAACAUAUUAAUUGCCCUCUUUAAAAACUGGGUUUAAUGCACGUGAGUAAAGUGUAGUCCCAUAUAAGCCCAUGCAAUCUGCACAGUAUAAUUAAGAACAGCUCUGUCCGCCUUGACUUUAUUUUGUUUAUAGGAGACCCCUUUUUAACGAAACAUUUCAUAAAAGCUUAAAUUGUUGUCCAUGAUUAGUCUGUGAAGACUGCACAGACUUUCCUGGGACAACGCUUUACUCAUGUGAACAUUAAUCUAGUUGUCCUAGAGUAUGGCUUGUAUGAUCCUCCAGAAAAGGCUUGCACAUAUGUGCUGAAUAUUCCACGAUACAAUGUAGGGUGCAUUAAUUAACCCUUUACCACAUAGAUACGUUUUUUAGGUACGCAUUUUUGGUCCCUUAAAAAUAUAUAUUUAAUAGAAGACCUUUCUUGCUAGAUUCAAGUUUUAAAGGCUUCAUUUUCAACCCAUACAUACUGAUCAGCAGCAAACAGCAUAAAACUUGAAUACAUUGCGAGUAACUGGCAGGCUGUUCUGGUUUUAUGCUGUUUGCACAAAGUCAUUUUCAUUUUGCUUUUGAGUGGGAAAUGGUUAAUUUCACCCAAAUCUACAUAGUAACCAUUCCGCAAGAUCUGGUGAAAUACAACAGAGACUUUUCAUUUAACGCAGAGGCUAAGAAAAUAUCAAAAGACUUGCAAUCUGUUUUCUGCUUUUUCUGACCUCAAUAUUUUGGAGUAUGUUUUAUGGCUUAUUUUGGUCUCAUAGGCUGCAAUCAAACUAACUUAAGUUAAUACAUGUUUUAAUUGACUACCUCAAUAAUAACUAAAUUUGAUGUCCAUUUUACCUACUUUGAUGUGGGUUUUUUCCAGGCAGUGCAUUUUUUGAGUUUUACCCAGUGUAGUUACUUAAUGGUAACAUUGUGAAUAUUUGGAACUAGAAGUGGUACAAUGUCAGUUGCAUCUGUCUGUGAUACUGAUCCCCAUAGAGUUAUACAAUUCCUGUAUUUCUAUAUAAAUGUUACUCAGUGCUUCUGCAUUAUACAUAUUGCCUGAAAUAACGCAACAGUAUUGUUAUGUAUGCUAUCAUUUGUUAUGCUGCAUAUAAAUUGCGUUCACAGAAUUAAAUUGUUUGAAUCAUCCUGCAUCUUAACCCAGGUUAUAUGAGCCAUGUUCUGGGAAAACUGGGCUUAAUGCACAUGUAAAAUCUGCACAGGCUAACCUUGGACAAAACUUUCUGCCUAAACUUGAUUUUCAGAAAGAAGAGACUUCCUUUAAACAUAAUUUUUCGUUAGGUGUGAAAGUGUUGUCCCUGAUAAGCUUGUGUGGACUGCACAGGCUAAUCUGGGAUGACAUUUUGCGCACAUUCAUUAGGCCUAAUUUAUACAGAACAUGGCGUUUUACAAUGGAGUUGUGAGUGUGAAACUGUUUUAUCUGAGUAAGUAAUGUGAAACAGAUAUAACAGGUAUACAUUGAAACAUCAGGUCAUUCAAUGUACAUUCCUUUGUCUCUUCAUUCCUUGCUCUGUUUUACAAUUCUUGUUAUACCCCCACAAAUGAAGUUUAGGGGGGCAUAUAGGAGUGAAGUUGUCUGUCGGUCGGUUGGUCUGUCUGUAUUAAGUGUCCGCUCUCUAAUUCAAGUAGUUUUCAUCCGAUCUUCACCAAACUUAGUCAGAAGUUGUAUCUACAUGAUGUCUAGGCCAAGUUCGAACAUGGGCCUUGCCAGGUCAAAAAUUAGGUCACGGGGUCACUUAGUGCGUUUUAAACAUUCAGCAUGUUGUCCGCUCUCUAAUUCAAGUAGUUUUCAUCCGAUCUUCAUUACACUUGGUCAGAAGUUGUAUCUACAUGAUGUCUAGGCCAAGUUCUAACAUGGGCCUUGCCGGGUCAAAAACAAGGUCAUGGGGUCACUAAGUGCGUUUUAAACAUUCAGCAUGUUGUCCGCUCUCUUAAUCAAGUAGUUUUCAUCUGAUCUUCACCAAACUUGAUCAGAAGUUGCAUCUAGAUGAUCUGAAGGCCAAGUUUGAACAUGGGCCUUGCCGGGUCAAAAACUAGGUCACGGGGUCACUUAGUGCGUUUUUAAACAUUCAGCAUGGAGUCCGCUCUCUUAAUCAAGUAGUUUUCAUCUGAUCUUCACCAAACUUGGUCAGAAGUUUUAUCUAGAUGAUCUAAAGGCCAAGUUCGGACAUGGGCCAUGCCAGAUCAAAAACUAGUUCACAGGGUCACUUAGUACGUUUUACAAAUUGAGCAUGGUGUUCGCUCUCUAUUUCAAGUAGUUUAAAUCCGAUCUUCACCACACUUGGUCAGAUGUUGUAACUAGAUGAUGUGUAGGUCAAGUUCAAACAUGGGCCAUGCCGGGUCAAAAACUAGGUCACAGGGUCACUUAGUGUGUUUUAAACCUCACUAUGAUGUCUGAUCUCUAAUUGAAGUAGUUUUUAUCCAAUCUUCACCAAAAUUGGUCAGAAGUUGUAUCUUGAUAAUGUCUAGGGCAAGUUUGAAUAUGGGUCAUGCCAGGUCAAAAACAAGGUCAUGGGGUCACUAAGUGCGUUUUAAACAUCACAAUGUUGUCCGCUCUCUAAUUCAAGUAGUUUUCAUCCAAUCUUCACCAAACUUGGUCAGAAGUUGUAUCUAGAUGAUGUCUAGGUCAAGUUUGAAUAUGCGUCAUGCCAGGUCAGAAACUAGGUCACGGGGUAUGUUAGUGUGUUUUAACCUCACCAUGUUGUUCGCUCUCUAAUUCAAGUAGUUUUCAUCCAAUCCUCACCAAACUUGGUCACAAGUUUUAUCUAAAUGAUUUCUAGGACAAGUUUGAAAUUGGGCCAUUCGGGGAUUAAAACUAGGUCACAGGGUCACUUAGUUCGUUUUUUAACAUUCAGCAUGGUGUCCGCUCUCUAAUUCAAGUAGUUUACAUCCGAUCUUCACCAAACUUGGUCAGAAGUUUUAUGGAGAUGAUCUUAAGGCCAAGUUAAAACAUGGGCCUUUCUGGGUCAAAAACAAGGUCAAGGGGUCACUAAGUGCGUUUUAAAAAUUGAGCAUGAUGUCCGCUGUUUUUUGUGAAGACGACAUACAAAUAUUAUUUGUCAAUGCGGCAUGUGGGGGUAUUCAUCACGUCUGUGACAAAGCUCUAGUUGUAAUUUGAUACAUCAUAAUUAUGCAACCAUGGGAAUAUAAUUUUUUUAGAAUGAGAAAUUGGAAAGAGGUAAAGUUAUAAUUAAAACAUGACAGUGAAGAACUCCUCAAAAACAGUGUUACAGAAUGCAUGUAUCAAUACUUCUAGGGCGUAUCUCUAAAAUUUGUGUUUUUUGUGAGGCUGCAGUUUAAUCUGAUGGUUAAAUUAAUUAUACAUUUAAAUAUUAUUUCAUUGAUACAAAAGCUGGAUUAUGAUAUACAGUGUACUCAUGGAUCAUGAAAUCAUGUGAGAUUUGUUAAAAUUAAUAUGUUAAUGGUUGAAUCACAUUAUCACAAUAAUUUUGUAUGUCCCCAAUAGUAGUGGGGGACAUAUUGUUUUUGCCCUGUCUGUUGGUCUGUUGGUUGGUCUGUUGGUUGGUUUGCGCCAACUUUAACAUUUGCAAUAACUUUUGCAAUAUUGAAGAUAGCAACUUGAUAUUUGGCAUGCCUAUGUAUCUCAUGGAGCUGCACAUUUUGAGUGGUGAAAGGUCAAGGUCAUCCUUCAAGGUCAAAGGUCAAAUAUAUGAGUCAAAAUCGCUUAUUUAAUGUAUACUUUUGCAGUAUUUCAAUAUUCAAGAUAGCAACUUGAUAUUUGGCAUGCAUGUGUAUCUCAUGGAGCUGCACAUUUUGAGUAGUGAAAGGUCAAGGUCAUCCUUCAAGGUCAGUGGUCAAAUAUAUGUGGCUCAAAUCGCUUAUUUUAUGAAUACUUUUGCAAUAUUGAAGAUAGCAACUUGAUAUUUGGCAUGCAUGUGUAUCUCAUGGAGCUGCACAUUUUGAGUGGUGAAAGGUCAAGAUCAAGGUCAUCCUUCAAAGUCAAAUAUAUGGGUCAAAAUUGCUCAUGUAAUGUCACUUCUGCAAUAUUGAAGCUAGCAAUUUUAUAUUUGAAAUGCAUGUGUAUCUCAUGGAGCUGCACAUUUUGAGUGGUGAAGGGUCAAGGUCAAGGUCAUCCUUCAUGUUCAAACGUCAUAUAGGGGGACAUUGUGUUUCACAAACACAUCUUGUUUAUUAUUAAAUCAAUUUAUUUAAUAAUGAAGUUUUCUCUUAAAAUUUCAGCUCUUGUUAAAACAUCUAUUAUGAUUUUACCAAUAUCAUAUUGAAUUUUACAUAAGUUGAUAUCCAUGAAUAUCAAAAACAUUUGAUAAUAAAAUAUUUUGUACAGACAAAUCAUAAAAAAAUUCUCAUGGCUGUUCUUUAGAAUGAAAUGCAUCUUCAAGUACAAGUACUGGUAUAUCCAUUUAAAUCUUUAAAAAAAAAUCAGUGCUGUGUAAAACUGGACUUGAUGCAUGUGCUCAAGUCGUGGUUCCAGAUUAGCCUGUGCAUUCCACACUUGCUAAUCCUUUUAGACACUUUCUGCUUUUAUGGAAUAUUUCUUUAGCCCCUUCUGAAGGAGAAUCCAUUCAAAGUGGAAAGUGUCGUCCCUGAUGAGCCUUUCCAGACUUCAGUCACUUUUCUGGGACAACACUUCAGGCACAUACAUUAAGCACUGUUUUUAAAGGUGACGGACUCAUUUGUUCCAUUGCGCAGGUGUUGUCUAUUUGAGAAUGGGAAACUCUACACUUUAUAUUCUUUAUAUUUAAUGUUUUAUUGUUUUGCUGUUGUUAAUGUUAAGAGUCGUGACAAAAAUAGCACUUGUUGUGUGAUCUUGACAAUGUUCACAAAUGAGCCAUGCUCUUUGAAAAGGGGGUUUAAUGAAUGUGUGGAUAGUGAAGUCCCUGAUUAGCCUGUGCAGUGUGCACAGGCUUAUCAGGGACUACACUUUCUGCUUUUAUUGUAUUUUCUGUAUAAAGGAAGUCUUGUCUUAGCAAAAUCUAGUUUAGGUAGAAAUCGUCUUUCAUAAAACCCCCUUUUCACAGAGCACGACUCAAAUAUAUUUAUGCAUGUGCCCUCAUCCAAUAAUUAUUGUUUGUUCAUAAUUUAUGUGCUUAUGUAAGUAUCGUACCAAAAUAUUGUGUUUUAAGUUUAUCUCAACAAGAUAUAUGUGAAGCGCAUAUAAAAUUGCAUGUUUUCAUGAUAAGAAAAUGACCAAAUUGGUAUGUAUUACAAUUGAUACACUAAUUGGUUAGGCAAAUGAUACCUCUUCAGAUAUUUAAAUAAAUAAAUUGUACAUGCACUUGUAAGCUGCUUUUCACACACAAAAUUUCAUCCUCAUCUGAGUCUGUUAAAUACAAUUUAUGCUCCACUUUAAAUAUGAAAGGUAAAUUCAAUAUACACAUAUUUGUGAAUCCAAAAUUUCUAAUUAUUUUGUCACCAAUUCAAAAAAUAAAACAUAUAAUGCUGCUGAAAAAAGUUGUCUUCAAUGUUGUUUGAUUGAUAAGUUUACUUCAGCUGAAAUGGAUGAAAUGAUAAGACAUGCAUAAUGUAAAACAUUGACUAAUUUGGAGUGUUUCACUGUUUGUCCUGUUGUUGUUUUAAAAGCUUACCACAAAAGAUGCAUUAUUUGCAUAUAGUUUAAAAUAUAGGGUCAAGAAAAUGAAUUUUAAUACACUUUGACCCCAUGGCUGACAUUCAUUAAUUAGGUUUUUAAUUCUGAUGCUUGAGUAUUUUAUUUGAAGGGGCCGUUUCUCGUUUUGGUAAAUUGACAAAAUUAAAAAAAUGUUUCAGAUUUGCAAAUUUUCGUUGUAGUACGAUAUUUGUGAGGAAGCAGUAAUACUGACCAUUUACCAUGCUCUAAAAUAUCCAUUAUAUUCAUCUUUUGACGAUUUAAAAACCUAAAAUUAUAAACAGUUGUAAUGCAAAAUGAUUGAAUAAUUUGGACAGUUUUGUUGUUGUUGUUACAUUUUGUGAUACUAUGAGGAUUGUUUAUAUAAAGUUUAAAAUACAUCAUUCAAUUUAUGAGCAUGGAUGGUCCAGUGGUCUAAGCAAUAGACUUUUACUCAGGGGGUCAGUGGUUUAAGCCCAGUUGAGGGUUACUUUUUUUCAUUCUUUAAUUUUAUUCUUGCAUUUUUUACUGGACCAUUUUAGAUCCAAUGUCUACGUGUAUCAAUAUAAAGCAUUAAAUGACAAACUUCAAUAUCUGCCAAAAUCUGUGAAAAGGUCCCUUUAAAAUGUCAUAUUAAAAGAAGUGUAUUUAAAUCUGCUAAAUGUCCCUUUAAAAUGACUUAAUUAAGGACAUUAAAAUAGGUGCAUUGUUUUGAUUUUAUGACUAACAUCAUGUCCCCAUCUUCACAAUUAUGUUAUUAAAAUUUAUUCAAAUCUUUCAAAAUAGUUGUGUUAAAAAUGCUGUUUUCAAGUGUCUCAGCGCUGAAGUAUUUUUUUUGUAUUGAGUUAAAAUUCAUUGAUUUAAUUUUGCUCAAGCAAAACCCAUGACACUUAAGUCACGUCUUUCUGUCAACUGCUGCGUACAGAUGUAAAGACUAUGUUAAUUAUUUUGUGUUUUAUGCAAUCUUUGCAUAAUAUUUUGCAGUGUUACAACUAGAGAUUUGUCAAAUAAUUUGUGUUUUAUAAAAAUGAGCAGGAAGCAUAAUUCAUGUUUGGUCUGACUAUUUGAAGACUCAGGAAAACAUUGUUCUUUUUGUAUUCUAUAACAAUGCUGAGCUGUUUGCAUAAGUAUAUAUCACUCUUUGAUUAUAAUUAGAUCUAAAUAAUUUAUUCUUACAUCUGACAAUAUUAACUCUGCAAAUGAUAUUUAAAGCUAGUUCAAUUUAAUGUUGUUUUUUUUUAAAGAUAACUUAAAGCAUCAAAUAAAUCUAAAGUAAUGUUAGAUUCAAACAACAAGAAAUUUGUAAUAUGCUCCUUUUUGACAAUAUUGAUGUUCUUUUCAAAAUAAUUGUGAUGCAAGGUUUGCUUAUAUUAUCCCUUUACCACUUAGAUACGUACUCAACCCAGAAAGUUACAUUUAAUUAAUUACCUUUCUUACUAAUUCAAGUUUUUAAGGCUUCAUUUUCCAACCCUUAGAUACUGAUGAGCAGCAAACUGCAUAAAACCUGCACAGACUGUGAGUUACUCGCAGGCUGUUCUGGUUUUAUGCUGUUUGCACAUAGCCAUUUUCACUUUGCUUCUGAGUGGAAAAGGGUUAAAAUCAGCCAAUCUGUUUACUUCGUUAAUUUAAAAAAGUUGAGAUAUAUUCAGAUCAUUUAAUCAAAUCGAUGUAUAUUAAAAAAUAAUUGUUGAAGAAGUGAGUUUAAUGCUGGAUGUUAGAGUUAGUUUUUCUUUAAAGUUAUUGUUAUUGUUUUUCGUUUAUUGAAACCUUUAGUUAAAUUGUUAAUAAAUGUCAUAUGUCAUAUAUUCCAAAAUAAUGGCAUUCCCACAGUAAUUAAUGAGUUUUUAAUUUGUUCUGCCCUGUACUUGUUAGUUGUUAUUGUAUUAAGUGUGAUUUUGUAGUAAUAGUUAAUUUACUUAUUUUCCAUAUAAUAGACACUUUGAAUUUUGAUGUCAGUCAUUUCAAUAAAGGGCAAUUUAGAACGAAGAAAUUUGUUACAAAUGAGUGCAACAAGGCCAUCUCGUGUGUGAGGCCAAGUUUGUAUAUUAGCAGUGCUGUAUGAAAAGGGGUUUUAAUGCAUGCGCGAAAAGUGCCAUCCCAGAUUAGCCUGUGCAGUCUGCACAGGCUUAUCAUUGACGACACUUUCCCAUUUUUUAUAUAUUUUUCGUUUCAACAAAGUCUCAUCUUAGCAAAAAUCAAGUUUAGGCGGAAAGUGUUGUCACUGAGUAGCCUGUGUGGACUGCACAGGCUAAUCUGGGACGGCACUUUUCGCUUAUGCAUUUAACCACCCUUUUACAGAGCACUGCUCAUACAAUAAUUUCAUAGCGACACAAGUUACAAUCCAGCCUUCUAGUUACAAUCCAGCCUUCUAGAGCUGUUCAAAGGUUACCACUGCAGGGCUUUAAUGCUUGUGCUUAUGUUGAUUACUGCGCUAAUGCUUUGACUUAAAAGGAAAUUGAUGAUGUCAUUUUGUCUGAUUUAUUUUUAUUUAAAGACUGUAAAAGACUUUUACAAACCGUGUUAUUUGGUUGAUUGCCCUUUAUUGAAAAUAACAGCAUAUUUUGGCUACAUACAUAUUUGUGUCUAUAUUUAUGAUAAUAUUUAAACUAGUCAAUGAUUUAUUUAGUAAUAUGAAAUGGAGUACUUCUGUAGAUACCGGUACAUUAUUUAACAAAAAAUCUUUACUAUUAUGUCAUUAUUAUCAAUUCAAAGUUUUGUUUUUAAUAUGAUACAUUCUCUUUGAAUUGGAAGUGUUGUUUUUGUUAGGCAUCGCCUGAUACCUUAGAUGUGUUAUAUGAUGGAAUUACACGGCAUAUUUCUAUCUUAAACACAAUGUAAAAUGAAUCCCAAAAUUGUAUACCCUGUUGUUCAUGAUAGUUUUUAUCUAUUGAGUGAAGUUAUUUAGUGUUGUUAUAUAAUUAUUUGUCAUUUCACAUGAGGUAUUUUCAUAAGCCAGCAUGAAUUUAUGUAUUAAUGACGUAAGUAAAGUUAUUAUUUUGUGA